CAUCCGGAGGCAGAAGAGGAGUCUCUUGUCUGUCUGCGUUCAUGUCUCCGCUUUGUUCUGACAAAGACCCCCAGCGUCCCGACUGCUGCUGUUCUUCCACCUCUGGAUUUAAGUCAGCUGUAAUACCAGUGGGACUCUUCGUGCUUAAUUCCAUAUUGCCACAUUUGAAUGGGAGGCAAAGUUGGACCUCUGAGGACGGUACGAUGGGUGACAAACACUUUGGCUUUUCUUGUUCUUUUAAGAGUUUCCUAGCAUCCAGGAUGACCUCACUUUUCUUCAGUAAAAGAGUUUUUAUAUGUAACAUAAAUUGAGCUCCUUCUCCUUUCUUUUGUCUGUUAAAAGUAGGUUAGCUUUUGGGAAUGUAACAUUUCGAACUUGGCUGGUAAGGAACCUCUUGAUGUGAAAAAUGAGUGGGGAAGAGGGUUGAAAUUAUGUCUCCAUCUUUACCUUUUAAAAUCAGUCUAACCUUGGUCAAAAAAUGUGACUGUAACACAUUUUUGUGCUCUUCAAUACGUUUAUAUUUUUAUUUUUGUCCUUGACUGGACUCUUUAUAGUGGACUACAUCUGAUCUUACAGAUCUUCCCUCUCCAAGGGAACCAUCAAACUAAACUCUUCACUGUUAACCCACUUAGUUGCCCAAUCUCCCCUUAGGGGGGUUCCUUAAACAUCUGUCCUACUCCAGUUUUCUUGAGAAAAGCAAAAAGACAAGCCAGCAAAGGGAGCACAGGGAAGAAAGACACCCCCCUCUCAAAGGUGUGAGGGGGGGCAGAAGAUGGCAGCUCUCGCCAGCUCUCUGAUCAGACAGAAACGGGCUGUAAAGGACGACCAAGCCAACCGACCGGUCACCAACAAACGCAAGCCCUGUCCCAAGAGCAACAAGUCCUUGUGCCAGAAGCAGAUCCUGGUGUUGAUAUCCAAGGUUCGACUAUGCGGAGGUCGAAAAGUUCGCAACGAAAAAAGACCAGAGCCUCAACUGAAAGGUAUUGUAACUCGUCUGUACAGUCAACAUGGAUUCUACCUGCAGAUGCAGCCUGAUGGCACCUUGGGUAGUACAAAGGAUGAAAGCAGUGCAUUUUCACAGUUCAACUUAAUUCCGGUGGGACUGCGGAUUGUGGCAAUUCAGGGGACAAAAACAGGGUUAUACCUCGCCAUGAACAGCGAAGGAUACCUCUAUACCUCGGAGCACUUCACUCCUGAGUGUAAGUUCAAGGAAAGCGUGUUUGAGAACUACUAUGUUACGUACUCGUCCAUGCUUUACCGCCAGACCCAAUCUGGACGCUCCUGGUAUAUUGGCAUCAACCGGGAUGGUCACAUCAUGAAGGGCAAUCGGGUGAAGAAGACCAAAGGAGCCGCACAUUUCCUGCCGAAAGUCAUAGAAGUCGCCAUGUAUAAGGAGCCAUCGCUCCAUGAGCUUGCCAGCGAACCGGUAAGUCCUCCACGGAAGACAGCGAAGACGUCAGACUCGCCAACGCUCAAAAAUGGACGGAAGGAGUCUCCCCAGGCUGAUGCCUCAUAGCACAGGAGAUCGAGGGUGGGACAAAAGAACAGAAGUGACACUGGGAUCUCAGUUGCUCCUAAUGCACUGAGUGUGGCUGAAAAAACAGCACUCACUGGCCACUAUGUUCCAUAAUUGCAUUUCCAGAUGCCGGGAUAAAAGGACCACAAUUUUAAGGCCAAAAAGGCCUGAAAGAGGAGUCUCCACCCUCACCUGAAGUCACAGAACGAGAACCCAGGGUCUGCAAUACCACCUCAACUUCCCCAUGUGUGUCUCCCUCCCUCACACUGUGUCUCCUGUGACUUCUUAAUGCAUGGGUUUCUUUAUUUUCCCACCAAUUCAUUAUUUUAUAUUUGCUCUGUUUUACUUAAUGUUCAGCCUGCACAAAUUUCCCUUCUGACUCAGCAACAUAAUCCUAACCCAUGUUGAGCUCCUUUUGAGCCUCCAUGUUGGCGACAGCAUGGUUCUUCCUAACCCUGUUCUCCAUCAACCGAUUGCCCACCAGCUAAACUAAUAACAGGGUCUUCUAAAGCUUAAAUCAAGAUGAAACGGAUCAGAGGAAAGCAAUAAGUAGGAAGCCUGAGUCAGGUUAUCCCAGCAGGCAAAGAGGAGCAAAGCAAGUUUUUUAGAUUAAAAGAAAUUAUCUGUUUGUUUUUUUGUUUUUUUAAUUCUUUUAAUAUAAGAUUUUCAAUUGAUGAUGUUUGCCUGUCAAAUAUAAGGUGAUAAUAUUAGAUAAUUUAUGAGUAAAAAUGGUGAUAUAACAAUGCUAAAAGUUAGACGGAAAAAAAACAAUAAAAAAUGAAAAUAAGAUCAAACAAAAUAUAAAAAUAUAAAAUUAUAUGUAAAAUUAUGAGGGUACUUUAUUCAUUUAUAAUAAAAAAUACAUUUUUUAUAAUAAUCUUUUUUUUUUACAAAAAAUAAGGCAUACCCUUCAUACUUCCUGAUUGCUACCACAUGGUCAGUAAUUACUGCACAGAUCCAUCAAAAGCUACAAAUGAGCAACCAGGACACAAAGUUAAACCAGGGUGCAUCGGAGUUCAGAC